AUGAAUGGAAUUAAUGAGAUUUGCCAAGGCAAGCUAUUCUGCCUUUAUGGAGGAGUGGCUAGUAUGGAUCUCUUGGAUAACGAGUGCCAGCUGCUGGCAGUGCCCGACAGUGUCAACACAGACUCGUGGAAAAUCACCCAAAACAGACGCAGUAGAAUUUCUCUGACUUCUCUACUGCAGCAGGCAAAUGCUCCUCAGGAGUCUCGGCCUGGAUCCCCGAGCAAUCGCCCCUGCCCCCGCCCCCGUCCCCGGCCUCAGAACCCUCCUCCUCCGGCCUAUGCCCUCCCCAUCCGUGCCGCCGUCCCUCCCGUUGUUCCUUGUGAGGCACGCGCUGCACAGCCCCGCACCAAGGAUGCCACGCAAAGAGACCGUCGCGAAGCGGCCAUCAGAAGUGCCCAAGAGGCCGAGCAAGCCGCUCUCGAAGAACUCGAGCGCGAAGAUGAAGAGCUGCGGGCUCGCGGGAUACAGGGUUGGUCGCGGACCAAGAGGGGUCCCAACGGCGAGCUACUUGUUCGCUCCCAGCAACUUUUUGGGCUCGAGAUUGGCUCCGAGGGCCCCAGUGAGAUCAGAAUCUGUAUCACCCGCGUAAAGAACGGGAAGCGGGAAUCCAAGACCAUCGCCCUGAACGACCUACCCGAGCCGACGCAACCCCCCGACGACCAAGACACCCGCAACAUUGAGAUGCUGAACGACGUCUUCUCUGCCUCUGCCCCGCAUACGGAUACGAUCAGGAUCUUUCCCAACGCCAUAGGGAUGUGGUGUCGUGGAGAGAACAAGCAGUGGAGACCGGAGCAUAUCUUCCCUGAGAAGAAAGAGAAGAGGGGCGACGUUAUUGCUCCUAUGUCUGUAUCUGAGGAAUUCCUGGUUCCUGGCGAGCAGACUGAUGUGCGAUCCUUGACGUCAAAUGGUCACUUCAUCCACCAUCAUCCACCUCCCGGAAUCGGUCUCAGCUGGGGUGACUGGGAUCUCUACACCGAGUGGCAGGCGCAUGGACGGUCUGUGGACAAGAACUGGGUCCCAAGAGGAGACUGGAAGCCCAAGGUUGAGGGAGAGAUUGUCUUUGUCGCUGACAACGAGGAUCCCUCUGGCGAGGAGAUCAUCGUAGACAGGGUACCUGUGCGACCAGAUUACCGGGCUACGCAGCGAAACAUCGAGGGCCCGACAUCCAGCGAGGGGGAGCCCAGGGAUGGACACGAGGAGGCCAGGCAGCUCGAGGAGGUCGUGGAGGGCAAAGAGGUCAAGGAGGUCGAGGCCAAGGAGGUUGGGGUCGAGGUGGCCCAGACCAGAUCAAUCGAGGCCGGGGCCAAGGAAGAGGAGAUCAACGUCGGGGUGAUCGAGGAAGAGGAGGUCGAGGACGAGGAGACCUUCAUCAAGUUGCCCCAUGGUAGAUGA